AUGUCGGACCUCUCUGGGUCACGCUCUCCCAUCCCUCCUCCCCCGCCGCCACCCACCAAGUACUCUCAUCGGGCUGCCAACGCGUUCGCCCGUUUCGCCCAGCCCUUCUUCUCCGGGUCGAGACCCCCCAGUCCGCAAAAUAGCCGGGUCGAUGGCCCCCGGCCGAUCAGGUCCAAAUCACUGCCUGGUGAACCGCAGACCGUCACCCACCGGACCGGUAUUCCUAUCAACGCUCUAGAUAUCUCGCCGCAGAGAACACACGCGGUCAUCGGAGGCAAAGAGAUCCUCAAAACCAUCCGGGUUUCACCAGAUCAUUCCUCGGAGGAAUUCAAUAUUCGCAAUGCAGUCAUCAGUUACGCGUCCACUCAUCAUGAGUCCGGCGCAGCGAUGCCGCACAAGGACCAGUUGAACGUGAGGGAUGUCAAGUGGUCACAUGGCAAUUAUGACCGGAUAAUCGCGACUGCGGUCGCCAAUGGCCGGAUUGUCGUCUACGACCUGCAGCGGCCCGGCCUCCAAUUAUGUCGCUUCCAGGGCCACAACCGCCAGGUUCACAGACUUGCCUUCAACCCUCAUCUCGCAUCAUGGCUGUUGUCCGGCAGUCAAGAUGGCUCGAUUCGAAUGUGGGAUCUACGGUCUGCUUCUGCGAAUCGGAGUCUUUCCACGUGCGGCAGCAAGCAUGUAUACCAGAGCAACAGCGAUGCGAUCCGGGAUGUCCGGUGGUCUCCCACCGACGGGGUCGUGUUUGCGACCGCCUCGGACAGCGGCGCCAUUCAGAUGUGGGAUUCGCGCAAGACGAAUGCCCCCCUGUUGCGUCUUGCGGCUCAUGAGCGGCCUUGUUUCGCAGUCGACUGGCACCCUGACGGGAAACACAUUGUGAGUGGAGGCACGGACCGGCUGGUCAAGGUCUGGGAUUUCUCGCCUUCUGCAGAACGACGACAGAAACCUGCGUUCCAGUUCCGGACUCCCCAGGCCAUCACCAAUGUUCGGUGGCGGCCGCCGUUAUGGGUGGGUGACUCCCCCAGUUCGGGCCAGUGGCAGUCAUCCCAGGUUGUGACCACCUAUGACAAGGAAGAUCCUCGGAUUCACCUCUGGGACCUUCGGCGGCCGCAUGUCCCCUUCCGCGAGUUUGAUCGGUACGAUGUGCCGGCGACCGAUCUGCUUUGGCAUUCGAAGGAUCUGCUCUGGACGGUCGGGGAAGCUGGGGCGUUCACGCAGACCGAUGUCCGCUAUGCUCCAGCUGUGAGUAACCGCCGGCCGAUGUGCUCCGUCGCUUGGAGCCCUAAUGGAGAAUUUGUAGCAUUCGCUCAGCCUCGACCUAGGCGACGCGCAUUGGGCCCGAAUGCACCAGAGUUCCUUCGUGUUGACGAGGACCGGAGUAGUACUGGCGAAAAAUCACUUAGCCAGAGUCCAGCCGAUGAUAUCCUCGAUGAAGUGGUCCUAGCCUCAUCGUUCCGGCCGCGACAGACCAAGUCGUCCACCAUUAGGCCAUCAAAAUCUUUAGGCAGCUCCCCACCUGGUGCAAUUGAUAUCAUUCCCGUUUUACCCCUGGAUGAGGCUCUUGCCAAGAGCGCUCUCCCUGCCCCAAGUCAGCUGGGGGCAAUCGGGACCAUCCCUGGUGCCACCAAUGAUGCAUCCGUGUUUCGGUUCUUGGCAAGCCAUUACUCACCUCUGAUGAAUGAACAUGCUCAACCCCAAAGCCAUGCCGAAGUUCUGAAUUCCUUGAUCGACUCGCUCGAUCAGAAUGCUGAAUGUGCAGAUAAUUUGGCAUUGACAAAGUUGGCACAGACUUGGCGGAUCGUCAAGUUCGCUAUCCUUCAAGAGCUCCAACGAAGGUCAAGGGAGAAUCUAUCUGGAAAGGAUGGGGUGAAAGGCAAAACCUCCAAGGAUGGCCUGUUGACAGACAAAUUGCGCGCAGCGGAUGAUAGCCGCCCGGGCAAGAUGAAGAGCCGGUUGUUCAAGGGAGUCAUGGAGACCGAGGGUCAAAGAGGUCUGAUCCAUGAAGCCGAGAGCACGUCGAAUAUGACCACGCCACUUGCGCAGCCAUUGCCUGAUUCCCCUCAGGAGUCCUGGGGAAGUAGCACAGACUCGCAGAUCCCCUCCGUUAACGAGAAUGCGAUUGAUCUUGAUCCCCUUCCACCCUCAGUUCUGAGCUCGCAAAAUGGCUGGAGUAUGUCAUCAGAUACCGAUGUUCGUUCCAUUCACCAUCCCUUGCGCCUGACCUACGAGCAAUCACUAUCGAGCAAUGAAACCGGUCUGUCUCCGGCUGCUCUACCCCAGCGUUUGCGGGAUCCAUUGCAGCCUGAUUUGGACGAUGAGCAGAGGUCAGCACCACGGGCGAUUGCGGGCCGAUCUGACUGGCGCACUCAGAGUCACCCAGACUUCCCUGCAGGGGCUUCUGAGGAUGAUUACGACCAGAAACUGGAAGAAAAGAGGGCUGCUAUUAGUAACUACAAACAGUACCCAAAGAAAGUCUUGACGUUGGAGUCUACAAUGGAGCCCAAUCGUCCCCCAAUUGACCGAUACAAUCGGCGCGACUCGACCGAAAGCUUUCCCAUGUUCUCUGCAUCCACCGACAGUUCUCAUCCUUCCAAGUCAGUCGCCGCUUCUUACUCGUCGAAUGGGCGGCUUUCAGAUGUUCGGAUAUCGGAUGGUGGCCAGGCUGGUUCAUAUCCCGCGGGUCGACCUGCCGCAGUUGUGCGGCGUGAAUCUAAUUUAGAACCCUCGCCAGAGGAACCAGAGGAUGACUUGGAUAUUGAAGAGUCGAUUCUUGAAUCUGAGCAAGAAGUCCAUCUCGAGCGACCCUCCACCCCACCUCCAUUGUUAACCGAAUCAACCCCGCUUGAGCAGCCAGGCUCCGAAAAUGGGGCGAACGCCUCGUCUUCGGCCAACGGUGUUCCCCAUCUCUCAUCUUACCCAGGGAUAACAGGUAUCUAUGAAGACCUAUCUCAAGUCAAGAUCCCUCUUAUUCCAGAUGCAACGGAUCUCACACCAUGGAGCAUUGAGGCUCUCAUGAAAGAGGCAGUUCGGUACUACCACAGCACAAGCAGCUCUGUCGACAUUCAAACAGCGGCACACCUGUUACAGAAACUCCAUAUUCUCUUUCAGGAAUGCGAGGAUAUUCUCCCAUAUGAGGAGUGUGAAUUAGUUUUCAAAACAUACAACGAACAUCUCAUUAGACACUCGAUGGACCUGGAAGCCGCAGAGCUCCGUCUAUCUUGCGUUCCGACCUAUCCCGGCGUCUACGAUUACGCCCAAGCAGACACCUUCAUCAACGUCUUUUGCUACACAUGCCAACGACCCUUUGAAAAUCCUCGCCGGGAUAACACCCGCUGUCACCGCUGCAACACUCCUCAAGCACCCUGCUCAAUAUGCAUGAGCCUCGACCCACCUCCAGAAUGGGUCGCUGCAUAUCGCGACGCAUCCUCCUCCUCUGGCCACACAAGCCCGGACCUGGACGCCGAAACUGAAUCCCGGCUCUCAGACCAAACCGCUGCAACCGAGCCCGUUCCAACAUCCGAGCUCGAUACCUUCACAGCACCCAGACCAAAAGGUUCCUCGCUAUGGGCCUGGUGCCAAGGCUGCGGCCACGGCGGCCAUGUAGCCUGCAUCUCAAGGUGGCUGGGCGAUCUGUCCAUGAGCGAAGGUGGCUGUGCUACACCCGGCUGUUCGCACGACUGUGGCCCAGGUCCGCGCCGCGAACUCAACCGACAGAUGCUCAUGGCCGAGAGCAAGCGUCGCGACUCGGCCAGUCGCUCCGCGGGAGUGGGCGUCGUGAAGCACGAUCCCUGGACCAAGGGCGAGAGCAAAGCCGUUCAGAAGGUGCGUGGGAUGCUUGGUGCUGCAGGUGUCGCGGCUGCGACUGGCGGUGGCGGGGCUAGCGCUGGACAGGGAGGUCAGGCAUCUGGUGCAGUGUCGCCGAAGAAGGUGCGGCUUGUUACUCCUGUUGAGCAGGGUAGGCGAAAGGGUGCAAGUGGUCGAUCUGGUACUGCGCCGGGGUAG